CAUCCCUUCAUCCCUUCCAUCGGCUCUCCUCGCCUUUCCCUUCCCUUGCUCUCUCCUUCCGCGGCAUCCAGACCACGUCGUGACAUCACUAGCAUCGCGACUUCACGAUCUUCAUUCCUCUCCCCACCCCCCUCGCCAAGCUGCUAGCUGCCGACUAGCACGAACCGUGGUUCGGGCCUUGCAACCAACGACGUCACCGUCGACACGAGACUUCUUCGUUCCCAAGCUUCCGGAGGUUCCCUCCCAAAGUUCGACUAACAGCCCCUCUCUCUUUUGCUAGCUUUUAUCCCCUUAUUCGCCUUCCUGUUCUCUCCGUGCGAUCUUGUUCCCCCCUUUCUUUUUUGGAUCAGGCAUGCCUGUCUUCGCUGCUGACCCUUGCUUCCUGCAAAUUGCUGCGGACAUAACCUUAUCAUGGCGACUAUCGAGCAACCCCCGGCCCAGCGUGCUGCAAUCCCACGAUCCCGGUCAGCCCGGCUAGCGGAUCAAGCCGCGACUGCUGCUCUUUUUGUAACGCAUCCGGAACGAAGACUGUCGGUUCGCGAGCCACGAGCACCAGGAACGGAUCUUUCCACCUUGAAAGCGACCGGAUCCCGGCCCGGCUUCAGUCAUGCUUCGGCAGUAGCCGCCCUGGCUCAUGCGAAGAGUAAACAGCCCGAAAGUGGCCGAUCAUCCACCGCCGCGAUCUAUGUCCCGGAUUACCCCCCAGAAACACCAAGCCAAGAAGGAUACAAGGCUGCGAUCUCCGCCAUCCGAGACCACAGGUCGAUCGCAAGCCCUGCCCCCGCGGAUUCCAAACAUGACACAUUCACCGCAGAUGCGCGACGAGAAAUCACUUCGAGGGAAAAGGCCAUUCGCGCGGCAUCCGGGGCCUUCUACAACAGUAGAAAGAGGGCCGAUUCUGCGCCGUUAGAGGACCCCUAUGCGAUGUCGGGGGCCAGAGACCCUUUGGACGAGCUCGACAGCUCGGCCGAAGCCAGCAGAAUCCAGCACGUUGCAAACACCAAUGCGCGCCUUUACACCGCAUCCCCGCCCGUGGCCAUUGAGGUGGAGGAGCAGAACAAAAAGAAUGUGAUGAGGGCGGCCGCCAUUUCGAUGGCGCGCGAAAUGUAUGGCAUCGCGGAGAAUGCGGAGGACCAGACCGGUGCCGCUAUACCUGCAGCUCAAAGAGGUCAUGCGCGGGCGCGGUCGCAGCAAGUGGUCAACAAAGCCACCGUCGGCGCACUGCAGCGAGCUAUGAGUUUACAAGAGGUUGCUCAAAAGCGCGCCGCCGAGAAACUAGCCAGUAUGCAGGAUGAAACGGCUGUGUAUCGCGAAUACUACGGCAUCGAACCUCAAGCGUCGCGCUCCAGCUUACCGGCUCGCAGGCGGAGAGCGUCGGUUGACUCUGACGAAUCCUCCUUCGAUGCUGAGCGAUCGAGAGAGAUCCGGUAUCAAAUGACCAACUUGCGGUCGAAGCUGGAUGCGGUCGAUGAGCAGAGACAGAGAGACCGCGCGCUGUUGAUGGAGGCUGCGAGAAAGAAUGUCGAUGCAGCCAUUCAAGAUAUGGAGAAGCGGGCCUACGCCGACACUGGUCGUGCUCCGCCUUCCGUGCGAAAGGAGUGGGAGGAUGCAGCCCUUGCCCGUGCCGAGAAGGACAUGCAGGAGAUUGAUGCUCAACUCAUUCAGCCGGAUAGAGUUAACCUCGGAGCGCAUAAGUUUGUGGAUAUGUCCGACGUCGAAGCACUGGCUCGUUCACGACUCCAACCGACGUUCGACGAAAUCCAUGAACGUGCGGAAGCCCAACGUGCUAGGGAAUUGGAACAACGAUUGGAUGAAGAGGAAAGGCUGCGCCACGACGCCGUUGAGCGCCAGCGAGAGGCCGAUACCCGGGCCGAGGAGAAGCGGCAGAGAGCGGUCUUGAAGCAGCAAUCCCGAGGCAAAGAGGAACGGUCCUGGCCUUGGAGGAAAAAGGCCAAACGAGAUGGAGGCAAUGCACCCGAGACACCCUUGGUCAAAGACCGGGUUGCAGCAGAAGAGAAUAACGAACCCGCGGGUGAAGGGCUUGUCGGGACGGUGACGCAAGACACCGUCCAGACGGAUACUGUGACAGGCAAUGACCAGGCCGUCGCUUCAGGCGCUGCCGCCGAACCGAGUCCCGCGACGUCUCCUAUCCUCAAGUCAGAAUCCAAACUCAAGACCUGGAUCGGUAAAUUGGGGGGCCGUCGGUCCAGUACAACUGCCGCCGCCGCCGCCCCAAGAGAAGCAGGCGUCAGUCCCGAACCUACCUCGGGCGUGCCAGACGAGGAAAGACCGGUCUCUGGGGAUGAUUCGCGAGCUGCUCCGCUUCGGUCCAAUCCUGUGUCGGCCCAUGAUAUUGCGGAGACACAAAGGGGCUCCGCCGAUCCAGACCGAACAGACGAGGAGCAGGAGUUUGUGAGAAGCUCGGAGAACAGCGGGGACCGGAGAUCUCGCCUCAAGUCGCGAUUUUCGCGGAUCGUCUCGAGGGGCUCGCAAGAGAUGAAGACCGACGGCGUUGAAACUCCGGAUCAGGAGACUCAGGGAGAAUCAGUCCCCGUCGAACACACUGCUGCCGAUGAGCUGCACGGCCAGAGCCCGGAAAAAGAUGGGCUGCGAGAGAGCGCGGUCGAGCAAGGCCUGCCCAUUCCGCCGGCCAUUGGGAAGCGAUUGAGCAAUGGCACCGGCCGCGAGUCGAGGUUUUCGGAGGAUCUGUGAUGGUUCGCUUUGUUGUCAUUCCUGCGUGUGCUGCUAUGUAUCGGGUGGAGAGUGUCGGUAUUGUCCACUGUAUACCUGGAUUUGUGUUUUAUUUUCUUUUCCUUUUGCGAUCCUGUAGUCAUAUAUUAGUCAGUGGAUGUGUAUGUACGAGUGUCUCCCGACCAAAUUGAGCAAUAAUGGAGCGAGUACUUGCAGAAGAGUCC